GCCAGACGCCGACGUAGCAGAAAGAAAAAGAGAUGGCGGCGGCGGCAGCGGCGGCCGAGGCAAAGGAAGCCGCGGCGGGAAGAGCGCGAGGCACCCGCAAGGUUAAGGCGACGUCGCGAGGGCGCCGUCUCGAGCUGUAACCGUCCUUUCCCCUUAGGACGCCCCCCCUCCUACUCCUCCUCCCCCCCGUCCCGUUGCUUGAACCCGCCAGGAAGGCAGCUGCGACUCCCUUCCUCUUCCGAGCGCCUCUCCGCCUGGCGAGGGGGCGACGCCGGCCUCCCGAGUGGAGCUUCCAUCCCUUCGCUAUUAUGCUGGUACCUCUCGGAAGCGCCGAGAGCGUCCCGGCCGCCCGAGACAGAUGCUGAAAACCCUCCAGCCUUCGGCCGCCGUUUCUGCCUGCUAGGACGGCGCCUGGCCAGGACGCCCGGUUGGCUCUCCGGCUAUGUAUUUCCUCAGCGGCUGGCCCAAGAGGUUGCUUUGCCCCAUAGAGGCUCAGGAGCCCCCGCUCGGCAUUCAGGCCGACCCGCAAAGGACUUUGUUCGCCGUGUUGUCAUCGUCCCAGCUCAGCAUCUGGUACAACAGGCCCAGUGUGCUAAUUGUAAGCUACAAAGAAACACUAAAAGCUGUGUCGCAAUUUGGACAUUAUGACCAAGCUGAAUGGAAGCCUGACAGUACCACGAUAGCUGUUUCGACUGCAAAUGGAUACAUAUUAUUUUUCAAUCUUAUUUCUGCAAGAGACAAAUACCUGUAUGAGCCAGUCUAUCCCAAAGGAAGCCCCCAUCUUAAAGGAACACCGUAUUAUAAGGAAGAACAAUGCGCUCCAUCAUUAAAUCUAGAGAAGAAACAAGUGCUAGAUUUACAAGCAGCUAUUACCAGUUUACAGUCCAUGCUAGAGGAUCUGAUCAUUGCUACGGCUGAUGGCCUUCUACAUCUUAUUCACUGGGAUGGUUUGACAAAUGGAAGGAAAGCCAUAAAUCUCUGUACAGUACCAUUUUCAGUGGAUCUACAUUCAUCUAGAGGUUCUUUUUUGGGUUUUGAAAAUGUACACAUAACAAAUAUGGAAUACUGUGCUACUCUUGAUGGAUUUGCUGUAGUGUUUAAUGAUGGCAGAGUUGGUUUUAUUACACCAAUGUCAAGUGGAUUCACAGCAGAGCAACUCCAUGGUGUUUGGGCCCAGGAAGUUUUUGAUGGGACUUGUGUGGCUGUAAACAACAAGUACAGAUUAAUGGCAUUUGGCUGUGCAAAUGGCUCUGUGCAAGUAUAUACAAUAGAUCAUUCCACAGGGGCCAUGCAGCUAUCUCACAAACUGGAACUAACACCCAAGCAAUAUCCUG